AUGUACCAACAAGCUGUGUUUAGCUGUAGGAAGACUUAUCUCAUGUACCAACAAGCUGUGUUUAGCUGUAGGAAGACUUACCUCAUGUACCAACAAGCUGUGUUUAGCUGUAGGAAGACUUACCUCAUGUACCAACAAGCUGUGUUUAGCUGUAGGAAGACUUAUCUCAUGUACCAACAAGCUGUGUUUAGCUGUAGGAAGACUUACCUCAUGUACCAACAAGCUGUGUUUAGCUGUAGGAAGACUUACCUCAUGUACCAACAAGCUGUGUUUAGCUGUAGGAAGACUUACCUCAUGUACCAACAAGCUGUGUUUAGCUGUAGGAAGACUUACCUCAUGUACCAACAAGCUGUGUUUAGCUGUAGGAAGACUUAUCUCAUGUACCAACAAGCUGUGUUUAGCUGUAGGAAGACUUACCUCAUGUACCAACAUGCUGUGUUUAGCUGUAGGAAGACUUACCUCAUGUACCAACAAGCUGUGUUUAGCUGUAGGAAGACUUACCUCAUGUACCAACAUGCUGUGUUUAGCUGUAGGAAGACUUACCUCAUGUACCAACAAGCUGUGUUUAGCUGUAGGAAGACUUACCUCAUGUACCAACAAGCUGUGUUUAGCUGUAGGAAGACUUACCUCAUGUACCAACAAGCUGUGUUUAGCUGUAGGAUGACUUACCUCAUGUACCAACAAGCUGUGUUUAGCUGUAGGAAGACUUACCUCAUGUACCAACAAGCUGUGUUUAGCUGUAGGAAGACUUACCUCAUGUACCAACAAGCUGUGUUUAGCUGUAGCCUGUACAUGUACAAGGUUGACUUAGCAUCAAAUUGA